CAGGUUUUCUGGCUACUGGACUCACAAUUUUAGAUUAAGUUAGGAUCGCAGAGCCUCCAACUGCCGCACGUCCACCACAUUUUUUUAAAUUGUCCCUAAUUGUUGUGAAAGCAUGCAGCCAAUGAUCCCUAUGCUGGAGCUCAUCUGAGCUUUCCUCCUGUUCUGCACUGAGUUCGGCACUGUUGACCAAGGCCACACUCCGCUCUAAAUUUGGUACCCCUCCCACUGAACCCCUCCUGCGCGUCCGUCACAGCCUCAGAUUCCCUCACUAACCCCCCACCCUCAGACGCACACAUGCCCCUGUCUGUGUGUUCGCCCAGAGUGGGGAGCGUCCGGCGACCAGGCAGCCCGGCGAACUGUCACAUAGCCUUUGGCAUUUGGCUUUUGGAUGGUUUACACUUUCCUUUUGGAUCAAUACCUCUGUUGUUGUUGCUGUUUCUAGCGUGCUGGGAAAAGGGCCAGACAGUAGGGAGAACAACCUCCAUCACCGCCUCCUGGAACGCUUGAAACAUGGCUCAUGUCCAGAGGGUGCAGAAGAAGACCAGCACCAUGUCCCUGACCAUCUCCUCCUCCUCCUCCAGCGCGGCGGCCCACAGAAACUCCAGCCUGGUGCAGCCGCUGUGUGUCAGCCCUCAGAGGACCCAGAGUCCCGAUCACACCCAACAGCAUUCAGGAGGAGUGGCCCCCACUUUUGUCAAGUGUCUCCAUGAUGUGUCUACGCUGAACGGUCAGCUGGUGGUCCUGGAAUGCAGGCUGAGGGGAACCCCCCCCCUGCAGGUCAUGUGGUACAGAGAGGACGAGCAAGUUCUGGACUCGGACGAUUUCAGGAUACUGCGCAAGAGUGAGAGCGUGUGUGACGAGGCCUGCUCGGGAUCAGUGCCAGAGGAGCUGUGCACGCUGGUGAUCACCGAGGCCUUUCCAGAAGACUCCGGCCUGUUUCAGUGCGUGGCUCUCAACCCCUUCGGCAGGGUAUCCUGCUCGGCCGUCCUGGAGGUCUACAACGACCUGGAGGAGCAGCUGGAGGCGGAGGCCGCUGGUCAGCAGGAGGAGGUUCCUCCCCUCCGGAGAAAGGAGGCAGCAUUCCAACAUGAGACUGCCUCCUUCGGUGAGAGCGCCGACGACUUUCCCCCCGAGCUGCCCGACUCCAUGACACUGCCCCCCCCUGAGUGGCCUGACAGCCCUGUAGAAGACAACAAGCCUGUUGCAGAUUUCCCACAGCCGGCCAACCACUCCUUCGAAGAACCCUUUGGUCGCAGCGAGGAGGUGCGCGCGCUGAGCUCAGGGGGGCAAAGGUCACCGGGAAUCACUGUCGGAGCCUACACGCCCAGCCCUCCACCCCCGACUCAAGUCAAGGAGCAGAGCCACACGCCCAUGUUCAGCCCCACCAAGCUCAGUUUCCCUUCAGGAGGUCCCACCAUGAACCUGUCCGACCUGCCCUCCUUCACUCCCAGCGUCUUCCCCCCGAGCGCCUUCAACUACGAGCGACCACGCCAUUUCAUCCAAUCGCAGGCCGCCUUCCAGGCACCCAGCUAUGACAGCGUUCUGAAAGAGGCCCAGGAGAACCAGAACAGCUCCCAGCAGAACCUCGGCAGCUUCCAAAAUAGUCCAAACGCCACAGAGACCCAGAGUGGAGUUAACAUGACGUCCGCACAACGCCAGUCUUUUUCCCAGACUCAGUCAGUGUCCGAGUCCUUGUCACAGAGCCAGGCGCAGUUGCAGUCCCUAAGCCUGAGCCAGAGCCAGGCCCAGUCCCAGGCCCAGUCCAAGACCCAGGUUCAGUCCCAGUCCCAUACCCAGGCCCAGUCCCAGGCCCAGUCCAAGACCCAGGUUCAGUCCCAGUCCCAUACCCAGGUUCAGUCCCAGUCCCAUAGCCAGGCCCAGUCCCAGGCCCAGUCAAAGACCCAGGUUCAGUCCCAGUCCCAUACCCAGGUUCAGUCCCAGUCCCAUAGCCAGGCCCAGUCCAAGACCCAGGUCCAGUCCCAGUCCCAUACCCAGUCCCAUACCCAGGCCCAGUCCCUUACCCAGGCCCAGUCCAAGACCCAGGUUCAGAUUCAGACACGAGCUAACGGCAUGGGAAAGUCCUCCUCCAGUAUCAGCUCUCCCAUUUCCCCCCUGGCGUCCUCUGGUGCGCCUCCUCAGUCCUCCCCCGCCCCCAUACUUAGUCCUCCUGCCUCCACCAUCCCAUCCUCCUUAUCCCUUCUCCCCCGCACCACCAUGCGUUCCACCAUCACUCUCACCCCCAGCAUUCCCAGCGCCACCGGGAUGGGGAGCGCCACCCUGCCGGCCAAUCAGGACGCCAUGUCGGCACCCGCCGCCUACCUCUGCUCCGUGCUGCCCUCCCAGUCUGCCUUCUCCCCCUUUUCCUCAUCCAAGCUGUCUCCCAACUCCAACCUGCCUCACUUCUCCACCUCUCCCUCCCGCUCCCCCAUCCGCCCCCCGCAGCCCUCUCCUCCCCACAAGGGGCCCCUCCUCUGGUAUCUCCCUCCCGGAGCAGCCUCUUCCAGUGUCACCAUCCCUCCCUGGCUCCCCUCUCUCUCCUCCCUCCUCCUCCUCCUCUCUGCAGCAGCCCAACACUCCCAACGGUCCGAGCGGAGUACCUCCUGCUGUGGUCUCCUUGCCGGCCAGCUACAAGGCAGCGCCAAGCAUUUUGCUGCCGAGCUCCUUCCCAAGCCCAUCCUGAAGAAGGCCGUGGCUCCUCGGCCUUCCUCCUCUCGCUCCACAGACGAAGACAUCCAGGGCUCCAAAGACGCCCUCAUCCAGGAUCUGGAAAAGAAGCUGCGCUCAAAGGAGGCCAGGAGGAGAACCAGCCAGAAACUGUCCUAUGAGGAGCGCAUGGCUCGUAGGCUGCUGGGUCCAGACAACGCCAACUACACGUUGACCAAGACAGUCUCUCAGACUCCCAGCCGCCCAGGUAGAACAACGACCUCUGCAUUCAGUCAGCAGGACCAAAAUCCUCCCGCCCAGGGGCGAUCCGAUGUAUUUAGCUAUCGAGUGAAGCGCAGCGUUAUUAGUCAUUUGGGGUUGAAUGGCUGCACAGGGAGCCUUCUUCCCUCUCAGGGCCUCCUGAUGGAGUCCCCAAGACAACGUGCAAUAAGCAGCUGGUCAUUAGUGUGUGUGUGUGUGUGUGUGUGUGUGUGUGUGUGUGUGUGUGUGUGUGUGUGUGUGUGUGUGUGUGUGUGUAGGAUAAUUAUGUCAGAAAAGGUUCUGUCGCUCAGAGGGCUUUUCGGCGUCUAUCCUCUCUCUCUCACACACACAACACGUGUAUGCACACACACAUUUGUCAGCAGCUAUUUCUGGCCUGCUUUCUGGGAAGGAGCCCCUUUCACAACAGGAUCAUUGUGUCAGAAGACACACACAAACACACACACACAGACAGAGUGGCCCUCCUGGCAUUUAGUCAAGCUCAAACGGUUGGUUUUCAAAGUUCAAACGUCUGUUGACCUCUGCUUAUAUGAGUGUUUUCUGUUCCAGCCAGAUUCCCCAGAAGGAAGACAUACAGGGGGACUCUGGGGGAGGCGCCACACGGGCACCGACGAGCGGGGAAACGAGGGCUCGGCCAUCCAGGAGAAAUGUUACGCUCCUCGCUUCCUGCAGGUACCUCCAGACCUAACUGUGGAGGAGGGACGCUUCUGUAGGAUUGACUUCAAGGUGGGAGGCCUCCCCACGCCUGACGUGUGCUGGUACCUGGACGGAAAGGCCAUUCGUCCAGACGACUUCCAUAAGAUGUUGGUGUGUGAAAAGGGGAUGCACUCAUUCCUCAUAGAGAUCGUCACAGUGCACCACGCCGGCGUGUAUGAGUGUGUGGCCCGGAACCGAGCCGGGGAGGGCAGAUUCUCCAUGAGGCUCAACGUGUUAGCCCAGGAGGCUCUCCGUCCUCCCACCUUUGUCCAGAAGAUGUCCAACUCCAGAGCUCUGGAGGGGGAUACUGUUCGGCUGGAGUGCAAAGUGGACGCCUCCCCGCCUCCACAGCUCUUCUGGAAGAAAGACAAGGACAUGCUGCGCAUCGACCCCAACAGAAUGAGUCUGUAUCAGGACGGCUCAGGGCGCCAGUGCUUGCUGCUGGAGAGGCUGUUGAAGUCGGAUGCCGGUUGGUACACGCUGUCCGCCAUCAACGAAGCCGGCAUGUCCACGUGCAACGCCAGGCUGGAUGUGGGCACUCGCACAGCCCCGCCCAUGAAAACGGCGCCCCCUGGCUCCAAGACGUUGAAGAUGUUGUCCUCUCUGAGCCACGUGCCCACCCGGACCGUGGAGAGCCCCGCCCAGCACACCGCCCCUCUGUACGAGAGCGAGGAGCUGUAGACCCGCCAAACCCCCCAAACCCUCCAUUCACAUCCUCAGAACCAUCACACAUCUUCAACAUUUUGUUCUAGUGGACUUUGGUUCUGAGUGCAGCAGAACCAGGACAUAGAACACUUUUGAGUUCAAUUGCAUGUCGGGUUACCAACAUUGUGGUUCUAAUAUUGUACUAAAAUAUCAACUCUACAGUUUGGUUUGACGUUUUUUGAACAUAUGACGUUUUUAAGAGUACGGGACAUUAACGGGAAAUCUUCCACAUAAACUAAGAUAUUUAUUACAUGGUUUUCCUGUUAUCAAAAGUUUGUGUCUUUGUUUCCGUGGUGAUAAGGAGCAGUUGGUAGUCACUCGGACAAAUGUUUCACCAGUCAGGAGCGUGGUGAGUUAAAAUAACCUCAUGUGGACCAUCUGCUGCGGUUUGUCAGCCCUGUGUGCGUUAGAGGCUGCAGAGCGGAUGUUUGCCACACGCUAUGAGCCUGUCUGUAGGCCAUGUGUGUAUAAAUAGACCUGCAUACUUGUGCCAGCCAGUCCUCUGAGGUCCACAAGGCCCCAAACAGCAACGCGGUGCCCCUUGGGAAGGAUUGUCACAUGAGAGCACGGACUAGUGGUGAGCGGGUCGGCCCACAACCCCGCGGGCCGGGCGGGUUUGGGGCUGUGCUAACAUAGAACAGUUCUCAGUGAUGGGUGUUUAUAGCACAGGAUGGACAAAGAGCAGCAGCCCGCCCCUCUGACGACUGAACCCCGACUUGAUUUAGGAAGAGAAACCACUUCAGUUGGAGAACAUCUGCAGUGCAGAUACGUUGUGUUUACGCUGUACACAAGAGGAACCAAACCAUUUCUCACCAGAGCCUUACAAUGCAAAAAGCUGCAUGUGUUGGUACCUUCACAGAAACCCGGUGGUGCUGGUGAACUGGUACUUCCCCGGGAGCAGUGCAGUCACUGCUCAGUGACAGGAUAUCCAAACAACCUGAGGUCAAACUAUUUAUUUGUGGUGUUCGAAUCAAACGUGGUUAAACCUUUUGGUGAGCUAGUAGUAGUGUGUGUAUUGUUUGUUGUGCAAGUUCUACAUCUCACUGUAUGAAUGAGGAAUAAAGUUCUGUGACCCUGG